AUGGCCAUGUUUUCUGUUCCAGCUCCAAAUCACAACUUGAAUAUAUUCUCCACGACGUCGUUCCAAAACAUGCAAUCUGGUCCUUCUCCCGCUGGUUUCUCGGCUGAGAACCCUGUGCUCAUAGAUGACUUGAUGAUGUAUUCAGACUAUGGCGAAGGGAAGCGGCUUGGUGAUGACGGUAAAGACAAGGGCAAGAACAAUGGCCAACAAAAGAGGAAAAGUAUUUCGACAAGAGGUAGCUCCCGACAGAAAGGGGGACAGGAGUCGGGCGCUGAAUCGAUGACAAAUGAGAUUAAGAAGCGCGGGCGACCGCGGGUGGAUUGUCCUGACAAAACAGCCGCCGAACGCCGUCGAACUCAGAUAAGACUCGCACAACGAGCGUACAGGAUGCGGAAAGAGACAGCAAUAUCAUCUCUCAGCCAGCGAGUUACGGAGCUAGAAACAAACAUGCAGGAAAUGAGAGAGGCGAUUCUUGCUCUUAACAACGAAGCUAUGAGAAGUGGAGCUCUCUCAUUGUAUCCAAGGCUAGCACAAUUAUUAAAAACGACAGCGAAACGAGUCAUAUCCCUAGCUCCUGAGGCCUCAGAUGGAAAUAAAAGCCCUGGGAAUAUAAGCGAACCUAACGAAAUUGAACCUCAGCCUGCAACAAUGACAGAAGAGGCUAGUCAUGUUGCCUUGGAUAGCACUCCUGAGACACAGGUUAGUGGCGAGUCAUCCCAAAAUAUACCAGACAAGAUGUUCUACCUCAACCAUGAACCUGUACCAUCGAAAAGCGAAAAUGACUUCAUAUACAUGAACGCUCUGCCCCCAAGCACUGGUCAACUCUACGGCCCUACGGGCAGCAAUGCCAUAUCUACGAUCAAUAUACCCUCGCAUCUGGCCCGCAAGUUCAGGCUCACCUUCUAUCUGACCUUGAGAAACCUACUUCCUAACUCAUUCACUACCCUGCUACAAAGGAGUGCAAGGGAGCCGCUGGAGUUUUUGGAGAAGCCGCAUUACUGUCUUGGUGGUGCUGGGAUGCACUAUCCUCGACGAGACGGCCUUGGAAAUGACGUGUUCCCUCCAAAUAUGCAGUCACUAGAUCGUUUAUUUGGAGCGCUUAUCUCUCGCUUGGGAGAAACAGAGAAGUUUAAGAACGUCGAAGAAUUCAUUGAGAAAAUGGGGCUUGGAGGUACCUGGUUCGACUGUCACGAUGUGGAAGGGUAUCUCAAAACAAAAGGCAUCCAUCUAGGAAAUCUCUCCACAUUCAUAGAGAUUCCCUCAUCAGUCGUCACAAGCCCUCGAGAACCGUUGACUGCUAAUAAUUAUACAAACCAUCCUCGCUCGCAACCCAACUCACAUGGCACUACAUCCCCAGCCGAAGGCUCAUAUUCUCCCCUGAAACCUUCCCAUGACUAUCUUUGCCAUAAUGGCAGUUUGUCUCACAUGCACUUCCUUGGCCUUGAUUCUCAGCUCUUACUCCCAAGAUCCGUCGAUGAAACCAUUCGAACUAAUGCCGCAACUCGUAGACCGCAAACUAUGGUUAUGGAUGUUGAGAAAUUUACUACUCGGCGAGCUCCUGGUUUUAGGAAACGGGAUAUUCAUGCAGCUAUUAUUGCGUCUAUUUGCACACCUGAUUCUUAA